UUUAUUUUUUUGAGCAGUGUAUAUGGAGACUUAAUACAAGCAUGCUGAAUGAUCCAGCAUUCAAGGAAUCAAUAAAGACAGAAUUGAACAUCUAUCUGGAGAAUAAUGAUAAUGGGGAAGUAUCUCCUGCUAUAUUGUGGGAUGCAGCUAUGGAGGUUAUUAGAGGGAAGAUCAUAGCCACAUCUCUCAAGAAAAAGAUUCAAGCACAGAAACUGCUGAAAUUACAGGAAACGCUAAGAAACUUAGAACGAUCUCAUAGUCAAUACAAAGACCCUCUUAUAUUACGAGAGAUUCAAAAGGUAAAACAGGAGAUUGACCAGAUUUAUAGAUAAGAAUUAGAGAAAUAACGAUAUUAUGAAGCAGGCUCAAAGGCAACCAAAUUACUAGCAUGGAGACUCAGGAAACAACAAGCACAGAAUACCAUUUUCAAAAUAAAAGACCCCAAAACAAAAAAGAUCACAUGCAAAUGAGAUGAAAUACAGAAUGCAUUUGAAUCAUAUUACACAAAUCUGUACAAGCAACCAGAGAAGGCAGAUGCACAGACAAUAGAGCACUUUUUGAACUCACUUGAUCUCCCCUCAAUUGGGACAGAGCAAAAUGAUAGAAAUAUCCACCGAAGAAAUGAAUAAAGCAAUAUCUCAACAAAAAGUCAACAAGUCUCCAGGCACUGAUGGCUUCCCUUCAGAAUGGUUCAAGACCUUCAGAGAACAAUUAACACCUCUACUUAAGGCCUGUUUUAACUGGACUCUGAGGGAGGGGGGUCUCCCACCGUCAUGGAGAGAGGCCAUCAUAUCAGUAAUCCCAAAAGAGGGUAAAGAUAAGAAUGCAGUUCAAAUAGACCUAUCGAAAUGCUUAACACAGAUUAUAAACUAUAUGCAUCAAUCAUAGCCAAAAGAAUGGAGAACAUAAUCCCAGAAUUGAUUGAUGGAGAUCAAACUGGUUUCAUACAAAAUAGGCAGACACAGGACAAUAUAAGGAGAACACUACAUGUCAUGGACCGCAUUACUCAGAAUAAGUGCAAUAUUAUUCAGCCUAGAUACAGAAAAAGCAUUUGAUUCAGUGGGAUGGGAUUACCUAUUCCAAGUUAUGGAAAGAUUUGGUUUCAACAAAGUGAUACAGUGCAUCAAAACACUGUAUUCAUGUCCGACCGCUAGAAUAAAGAUAAAUGGACAUUUGACACGAACGCUAAAAUUAGAGCGAGGGGCAAGACAAGGCUGUAAUCUUUCACCCACGCUCUUCUCCUUGUACCUCGAACCAUUAGCUCAGGCAAUAAGACAGGACCCAACUUUAGAGGGAAUAACAAUAAGAUAUGCAUGUAUGCUGAUGACGUUCUGUUAUUCCUUAAAGACCCAGGCUGAAGUGUACCUAGAUUGAUGGAUGUUUUACAAACAUUUGGAACAUAUUCAGGGUAUGUGCUUAAUGCACACAAGACCCAAGCCCUAGUAUAUAAUUAUACCCCACAGGAAGAGCUGAAGAGCAGGAAUAACUUCACCUGGACCUCUUCAUCCAUUAAAUAUCUGUGAGUAAAUUUACCAAAAGAUACACUCAAACUUUAUUGAAUGAAUUACAAUCACAUUAACAAGAAAAUAUAUGAUGACCUAGACCGGUGGAAUUCACUUCCCUUAGAUCUUAGUAGUAGAAUUGAAACAAUCAAAAUGAACAUCCUGCCAAUGUUACUGUAUUUGUAUCCAUUCACUGCCCAUAGAAAUCCCACCUAAACAGUUUAGGGAACAGGAUAAACGGAUAUCAAGGUUUAUCUGGAACCGUAAGAGACCAAGAACUAGAUAUACAACAUUACAGUUACCAAAAAACUGUGGGGGUAUGGCCUUACCAAACCUAAGAUAAUAUUAUGUGUCAGCCCAAUUGAGACCUUGGUGUGUUGGUGCAAUUCAGAAUACGAAUCCAAAUGGAAAGACAUCGAGACUACUCUGACAGGGAUACCCAUACAGUCAGUUUUGGGAAAUAAGGACAUGAUAAAAUAAAUAUACAAUAGACAAAAUCAGUGGAUUAAUUUCUCUCUGAAGACAUGGUUUAGGGUAGUUAUGCAAAAUAAUUUAGACAGAGAGAUCAAACUGCUGAGUUGGCCCGCAUACGACCCCAGCUUCAUCCCUGCAACUCAGGACAGCAGGUUUAAACAAUGGACGCAGAAAGGCAUCACAUCAUUCAGUACAAUUAUAAGGAAUGGGAACCUAGAUAACUUCCAGGACCUAAGUAAAAAACAUGGCUUGGAUAAACAAGAUUUUUACAGAUACCUACAAGUUCGACACUAUUUCUUAAGGGAGAUAAAAGUGACUGACCCUCGAGGACCUAACACAUACAACUUGGGGAGUAACAAAAAAACUAUUUCAAAUCUCUACUUGGGUAUUCAAUCCUCAAAGAAACAUUCUACAAACUAUAUUAAAAAGAAAUGGGAGGAAAUUAACAUUGAAAUAACUGAUGAAACAUGGUUGAACAUAUUAGAGACUCAACAAAGCUCCACCAACUCAAGGUCAUGGAGAGAAUUCUGUUGGAAGAAUGUUAUACGUUUCUUCAUAACACCUAAACUGAAAUCAAAACAGACUGGCUCACUACACCCUUGUUGGAGAGAAUGCGGUCUAUUGAGGGCGGACCACUCCCAUAUCUUUUGGACUUGCCCCGCAAUCGAAACUUACUGGGGAGAAAUAAGAUCUAACAUUGGAAAAAUAAUGGGAUUUGACAUAGAACAAACAUUCAUUUCUUUGUACAUGGGUGAAAUACCUGAUAACUUACACAAUAGAGAAAAGUACCUCUUGAAGGUCCUACUGGCAGCCAGUAAAAAGGCUAUCACUAGGAAAUGGCUACAAAAAGACCCUCCCACAGUGACACAAUGGAUAGACAUUGUAGAAGAAUGAUAUGAGGAUGAAGGUAUGAAGUGCACUGCAACUGCCAGAUCUUUUUUUGUUGUACUUAUAUUUGACUUUAUUUGUACUUUCUUUGUGUUCCUACAAUAAAAACUAGGUUGGAGUGGGGACUUCAGUCUCAGAGUGGAGUCUCAGAGUGGAAAAGCAGGCGGGUCACCAGGUGCACAGAGCCUGUUUCGGAUUACCAGGUGCACGUGGUUCCUGACAGCGGGAAAAUAGAUGUCUUAGUGUCCAGGAGGGGGCACUUAAAUGUGGGUGCUCCAGUUCGCCUGAUGGGCAAGGUUAUGGAGAUGGCUGAGCCCCGGCCAGGGCACGGUGAUGGGUGAUGCCCAGUGAGAGGGGUGUUGAACGGGUAGGGAGAGUAGGUGUGGAGGCCUGGAGGUCUGUAGUUCCAGGGAGUACGGUCUGUAGUUCCAGGGAGUAAGCUAUACACACUCAGGCCCAGGGAGAGGGCAGGAAGGGAGUAGAGGCCUGGAGUUCAGAUGGCAACGGGGGCCUGCCUGGAGGUCAGGAAGGCCCCAGGGGAAUGCCCAAGUGAAUAGGUGUGUGAGUGACACUGUCCUUUCUGGGGAGCAGAACAGGCAAUUACUGUAAAAACGUGUGAGAUGAAAAAUUGACAAACUAAGGUGUGCAAUAUAGUUGGUAGUCAGUGGACAUUCUGAACCUUGUUUGAGGUCAGUAGGUCACAUCAAAUCAAGUUGUAUUUAGACCCUACAGUGAAAUGCUUACUUACAAGCCCUUAACCAACACUGCAGUUUUAAGAAAAUCCCUAAAAAAGUAAGAGAAAGUAAUAACAAAUAAUUAAAGAGCAGCAGUAAAUAACAAAAAUGUGACCAAGGAGCUAUUGAAAUGAGAAAGUUUACAAAAUGUAUCUAAAAAUGUGUGAGGUGAGAAUGGACAAACUAAAUAGUGUGCGAUGUGUAGGCCCACUGAGUACGUUCUGAACCUUGUAUGAGGUCAGUAGUUCACAUGACCAAGGAGCUAUUGAAAUGUAAAAUGUAAAAAAUAUUUAUGUAAAAAUCACCUGAGAUGAAAAGGGACAAACAAAAGGGUCUGCCAUAUAGAAGGGACAUUCUGAACCUUGGUUGAGGUCAGUAGGUCACAUGACCAAGGAGCUAUUGAAAUUAGAAACAUUGAAAAUUAAUAUAAAACCGCAUGAGAUUAAAAUGGACAAACAAAAGUUUAAGUUUAAGUUAAGGCUACUCAGUGGAUAUUCUGAUAGCAGUUUGAGGGUUGUAGGUCACAUGACCAGAGAGCUAUUGAUAUUUUUUAAAUUGUAAAACCUCAUGAGAUGCAAAUUGACACAAAAGAGUGCAGUAGGCCCACUGAGUGUACAUUAUGAACCUUUUUUGAGGUGUUGGUCACAUGACCAAGGCACUAUUGAAUUUCAAACAUUUAAAUAAAUAAUUUUCAAAUAGUGUGAGAUGUAAACCAACAAAAAAGGUGUGUGCAAUGUGUGUCUAUGCCACCGGGUUAGCUAGAACCAGUUUUGAAAGUUUUAGGAGUAAUGGUUAAAGAUCUAUUGAAAUUUGAUUUGUCACUAUGUUGACGGUCCCUAACUGCUGUUGGUGGACAUAAGGAAAACUACAGGUGAAUAUCUGUGUAAUAUCCAACCUGAAACUGUCUUUACCUCUGUGUUGGAUGUCGGGGUGAUCUGGAAUGUAGAACUAGCUAACGUUACCAUGUUGCAUAUUUCAGAAACCUUGGCCUAAUGUUAGGUAAAUGCUAUUGAAUGUGUGGAGUGAGAGAAUUUAUAGGUAUGCCUCUAUCUUCUCUCUUUUCUAACUAGCUAAUGUUACUGAUCUUGAAAGUUGAUUAUGAUGGUCUUCAUACACAGUCCAUGUAUUGUGUUUCUCAAUAGUCUGACAUGGUUUCUUCUCUUCAUUUACUCUCUAUCAUCUGCACUGAUCUGAGAAGAUGGAUAGAUGUGAGAACAAUAGUGGAAUCGGAUGUCCUCCAAUUAAUUGGCUUCCCCCUUGCCACUUCUCUCAUAAUUAGAUGGAGAUAGCAAAGGAUACAAAUGAAAGGGAGACAGUGCCACACUGGUGAUGCUGAUUCUUUACUCAAGAUAUCACUCUGCGCUCUCCUUCUAUUCUGAUUCCCAUUCCUGAUCUCUCUGCACACACCUCUGUCUAUUCCGCACACUGUCUGUCUCUUUCUGUCCUCCCCCCUCUCUGUGGCCAUGUGUGAUAACGGUGAUCCCGAGGACAAGCCCCCUGCCCCCCCGGUCCGGAUGAGCAGCACCAUCUUCAGCACAGGCUCCAGCAAGGACCCACUCUCAGCCAAUCACAGCUCUAAGCCCCUGCCCUCGGUUCCAGAGGAGAGGAAACCCCGCAACAAGAUCAUCUCCAUUUUCUCAGGCGCAGAGAAAGGUGGUAGAAAGAAAGACCGGGACAAAGAAAGACCAGAGAUCUCUCCGCCUUCAGACUUUGAACACACCAUCCACGUUGGCUUUGAUGCUGUCACUGGGGAGUUCACUGGCAUGCCAGAGCAAUGGGCACGACUUCUCCAGACAUCAAACAUCACCAAGUCCGAGCAGAAGAAGAACCCACAGGCUGUUCUCGACGUGCUCAAAUUCUAUGACUCUACGGGCAACGGCCGCCAGAAAUACCUCAGUUUCUCCUCCUCUGAAAAGGAUGGUUUCCCCACAGGACCCCAGUCUCCGGUCAAAAAUGUCAUGGAACCCUCAUCGACCAAUAUCAAGGACAUUGAUGAUGAUGAUGAUGAAGCUCCCCCACCCAUUGUGGCACCACGUCCAGAAUACACUAAGAGUGUGUACACUCGCUCCGUCAUUGACCCCAUCCCCGCUCCAGCCACAUGCCCAGAUGGAGACUCGGCCUCCAAGGCUGUCGACAGACAGAAGAAGAAGGGAAAGAUGUCAGACGAGGAGAUCAUGGACAAACUGAGAACUAUAGUCAGCAUUGGAGAUCCCAAAAAGAAGUACACGAGAUAUGAAAAAAUUGGACAGGGGGCUUCGGGGACAGUGUACACAGCCAUUGAUGUCGCCACAGGACAAGAGGUGGCCAUUAAACAGAUCAACCUACAGAAGCAGCCCAAGAAGGAGCUGAUCAUAAAUGAAAUUAUGGUGAUGAAAGAGUUAAAGAACCCAAAUAUUGUCAACUUCGUAGACAGUUUCCUGGUGGGAGAGGAGCUCUAUGUGGUGAUGGAGUACUUGGCUGGUGGCUCGCUGACUGAUGUGGUGACAGAGACCUGCAUGGACGAGGCUCAGAUAGCUGCUGUCUGCAGAGAGUGUUUACAAGCACUGGAGUUCCUUCAUGCGAACCAGGUCAUCCAUCGUGACAUCAAGAGUGACAACGUGCUACUGGGGAUGGAUGGCUCUGUCAAGCUCACCGAUUUUGGUUUCUGCGCCCAGAUCACACCAGAGCAGAGCAAGCGCAGCACCAUGGUGGGCACGCCUUACUGGAUGGCACCUGAAGUGGUGACCCGGAAGGCCUACGGGCCAAAGGUUGAUAUCUGGUCCCUGGGCAUCAUGGCCAUUGAGAUGGUUGAGGGGGAGCCUCCAUACCUCAAUGAGAACCCGCUAAGAGCACUGUACCUGAUUGCUACCAAUGGCACUCCAGAGCUGCAGAACCCAGAAAAGCUGUCCCCCAUCUUCAGAGACUUCCUUAAUCACUGCCUAGAAAUGGAUGUGGAGAAGAGAGGCGGGGGAAAAGAGCUGCUGCAGCAUCCCUUCCUGAAGCUGGCAAAGCCCCUCUCCAGUCUUACACCUCUCAUCUUGGCUGCUAAGGAGGCCAUGAAAGGCAACCAUUAACCGAACAAAUAACCAUGCCUUCCCAUGCUGUGCCAGAUUUGAGGUUUUGUGCCAGACAAUAGACUGAGUGACAACCCAACUCUAUAUGCUCCAGCCUGAUAAGCCCUGACAAGCCUCACUGUGAAGAAGACCAAAAACAUCCAGAGCACAACCCAUCGCUGACCAUAUGAACUCUUUGAUUCUCACUCAAAAGUUUGAAGACAAGUCAAAUGAAAGUGCUUAUUUUCAGAACCAUGCUUAGUUAUUUUGUACAAGAAGAAAAAAAUUGGGGGCUAAAUUUUUAUUUAACAUGGAAUUAAGAUAUCUAGUUCUUACUUUUUGGAAGAAAUAUUAUUGCCUUAAACAAAUGCAAACAUUGUAUUGUUGAUUGUGUCAAAUUAUUUUCCCAUAAUUGUUUUUUUCUUUGUAAUUUUCCCAAUCCAGCUUGUUAGUGUCCUCUUAGGCAUUUUGAUACUUGAAUUUAAUUUGUGUCCCCACUGUGAUCACGUUAAGGGCCUCUCACUUAAUGAAACUGUUAUUCCCACCUGGUGCCACAUUUAAUCUUUGGUCUUUUCUCAUUUGUUAUAGGACAGACAUUUCAAAACAUUCCCAUUAUUACAGUGAAUAUGGUGAUAUGGAUGACGAUAUAGGGUUGCCUUAUUUGCCAGUGCUACCAUCAUUUCCCUCCUGUGUCAUUAGUCCCUUGGUAGUAGAUGUGCACCCUAAUGGGCAAAUUCAAUGGAAGAAUGACAGGGUUUAUUCUUGCUUGGGCCAACGUUCUUUGUUCUCAUAAAAAUGUUUGGCUUUAUUGUAUAUGUCAAAUUCUGUACUUUUUGUUUAUUUAGAACUGUAGCUUAAAAAUGAGCUUUUUCAUGUGUAUAUUGUGUACCUAACUAGACGGAAAACAUUGGAUAUCAGGCCGGGUAGCUUUUUUAUAGGCUAGAAAAGACCAUGUAUAUUUACUGUUUUAUUUUUUUCUAUUUGGAUUACUAACAAUCUGACAAUUGCCUGCAAAUUCAAAUAAAUGCAGCUGUUUGUCCUUAU